AUGCGAUUUACGCAUAAAAGUAUUCAGUUAUUGGGGAAAAAUCAAUAUACUUUUAAUGUCGAAUCAGGAUCAACUAGGACAGAAAUAAAGCAUUGGGUCGAACUCUUCUUUGGUGUCAAGAUAUCAUCAUCUACACCCGGAAAGUCGUAUGCUUUGGAAGAAGCUUGUACAGUUUGGGAAGAGGUUUUGAUUGAUCAAAAAGAAGAAUCUACUUCAACCGAUAUGCCCUUAGGCACGGCCAUACAUAACAUAGAAAUCACAUUUGGAAAGGGUGGACAAUUAGCUAGAGCUGCAGGUGCUGUAGCAAAACUGAUUGCAAAAGAAGGGAAAUCGGCCACAUUAAAAUUACCUUCUGGGGAGGUUCGUUUAAUAUCCAAAACCGCUCGACAGUCGGACAAGUAG